CCAGUGUUGAUUGAAAUGCAUCCUAGAACAGGAGAAGCAGAAUCUUUCAAGGAGCAAGGAAAUGUUUAUUAUGCCAAGAAAGAUUACAAUGAAGCAUACAACUACUACACAAAAGCCAUAGAUACAUGUCCUCAUAAUGCCAGUUAUUAUGGCAACAGAGCUGCCACCCUGAUGAUGUUGGGGAGGUUCCGGGAAGCACUAGGAGACUCCCAGCAGUCAGUCAGAUUGGAUGAUUGCUUUGUAAGGGGGCACCUCCGGGAAGGGAAAUGUCAUCUCUCCCUAGGAAAUGCCAUGGCUGCCAGCCGCUGCUUUCAACGGGUUCUAGAAUUGGAUCAUAAAAAUACUCAGGCGCAACAGGAGUUGAAGAAUGCCAGUGCUGUCCUGGAAUACGAGAAAAUAGCUGAAAUAGACUUUGAGAAACGAGAUUUCAGGAAGGCUGUAUUUUGCAUGGACCGUGCUUUGGAAUUUGCUCCUGCUUGUCACCGGUUCAAAAUCCUCAAAGCUGAGUGUUUAGCGUUACUGGGUCGCUAUCCAGAAGCACAGUCUGUAGCAAGUGACAUCUUGCGAAUGGACUCCACGAAUGCAGAUGCCCUUUAUGUCAGAGGUCUUUGCCUUUACUAUGAAGACUGUAUUGAGAAGGCUGUGCAGUUCUUCAUCCAAGCACUCAGGAUGGCUCCCGAUCACGAGAAAGCAUGUAUGGCCUGCCGAAAUGCCAAAGCACUUAAAGCAAAGAAAGAAGAUGGAAAUAAAGCAUUUAAAGAAGGAAAUUAUAAACUAGCUUAUGAACUCUACACAGAGGCACUGGGGAUAGAUCCCAAUAACAUAAAAACAAAUGCCAAACUCUACUGUAACCGAGGGACAGUUAAUUCAAAGCUUAGGAAACUAGAAGAAGCAAUAGAUGACUGCACAAAUGCAAUAAAACUGGAUGACACGUAUAUCAAAGCAUAUUUGAGGAGAGCACAAUGCUAUAUGGACACAGAACAAUAUGAAGAUGCCGUAAGGGAUUAUGAAAAGGUUUAUCAGACAGAAAAAACAAAAGAACACAAGCAGCUCCUAAAAAAUGCACAGUUGGAACUGAAAAAAAGCAAAAGGAAAGACUACUAUAAAAUCCUUGGGGUGGAUAAAAAUGCUUCUGAAGAUGAGAUCAAGAAGGCCUACAGGAAACGGGCACUCAUGCAUCACCCAGACCGGCAUAGUGGGGCAAGUGCAGAAGUGCAAAAAGAGGAGGAGAAAAAAUUUAAAGAGGUUGGCGAGGCCUUCACCAUUCUGUCCGAUCCCAAGAAAAAGGCUCGCUAUGACAGCGGGCAAGAUCUGGAAGAGGAUGGAUUGAAUAUGGGAGAUUUUGAUGCAAACAAUAUCUUCAAGGCCUUCUUUGGUGGACCUGGUGGCUUCAGUUUUGAAGCUUCCGGGCCAGGAAAUUUCUUUUUCCAGUUUGGCUAAAAUAAAACCAAUCCAAGCCCUACACAUCUCUGAUCUGCUUGUUUUAACCUCAGAUAUGGACAUACGUAGAUUCCUUCCUUCAUCAUGUCUCAUUGUACUUAGAGCAGUUUCAUUUUCUCAAUUGGAGACCUCCGUUUUGUGUGCUUUGUGCGUGAAGAGGAAACCAGCUUGGGGGGGAGGGAAGGUUUGUGAAUUUUGUUUUACUGUUAACUUUAUUAAAAAAAAAAAAAAAGAAAAAUAAAAGUUUUGAAUCUUCUGGUCCCUCCA